GACAACCACCCCAGCAGACAGUGGGAUUCCACCUCCAGCAGACCAGAGACUCAUCCGCAGCGGCCCGGACCAGGCAGACACACGGACGUGCAGACAGACUCCUCGGGAGAAGCCAUUCGGACAGACAGACAGACUGAGCAGACGGACAGACAGAGCGGACAGGAUGCAGGGCAGAACCACACUGGUGAAGCGGGCGGGGGUGGUGACGGGGGCGGAGCUGGGCUGCAGCGUGCGGGAGGAGAACCAGGUGCAGAGAGAGAGCUACAGCGCAGACUGGCGCAGCAUCACCAUCAACACCCAGCCUCAAGACAGGCAGACGGUGCAGGAGGCGGACGACAGUCGGCGAGAGACCUUCUCACGGCAGUGGGAGGCGAGGCGGCUGCUACAGGCCUGCCCCUCCGGGGUGAUUCGGCUGGGCACCCUGGAGCGGGGGGUGAGGGAGCACCAGCAGCUGCCCUACAGGAAAUCCCUGCCCCUGCCCCUCUUCACCCCCACCGAGCUGGGCACCAGGCUGGGCCGGGGCGCGCCGCACACCCAGGAGGACCUCCGCCCCUUAUCCGCCCUGGACGGCGCCUGCCCCGCCAAGAGAGACGUGGGUGACAUCACCAAGGACCUGCCCCCGGUCAAGCCAAUCAGGAUGGAGUUUGCCAAAGCGCCCAAGUCCCUGGGAAGAUCCAUGUCACAGGAGGCCCAGAGGGGCUGAGAGAGAGAGAGACAGAGAGGGUGAGAGAGAAAGAGAGGGAGAGAAAGAGGGAGAGAGAGAGAGGGAUGACAGAGAGAGAAAAGAGAGGGUGAUAGUUAGAGUGAAGUGUAGAAUAUGUUGUCGUCAAGAGAAGGAAUCAAGAAAAAGUUUGAAGGACACCGGGACAUUCAUCACCUCCCAUUUGGAGAAUACAUACAUUUGUGUAUAUAUGUGUACUGCAAUUGCUUUUUUUAUUGCCUUAUCAUCACUUUGUUCUAUAUUCCCAUCCAUUCUGUAACUGUCUGAAAACAUUGCAUAGAGCACCACCACAUAGUGUAGCCAGCAGACAUAAACAUAACAGGGUGCUUUCCUGGCAGACGGAUAAGAAUAUAUCCCAGGGGGCCGAGAAUGAUGGACGUUUGUGGACUAUUGUUACAGCUGUGCAGUGAGCUUGGUACACUGCAGACUUGGUACACUGCUAUAGCCUCACAUUGCUAUGUGAGUCAGGCUCUGCCUGCGCUCUUUGACAAGACCUAGAUUUAACAAGCAGCUGGGAAGAAAACAGAAGCCAUUGCAGGCAACUCGCAAAGAAAAGGAAAAAAAGGGCCGGGUUGUAGAUGUGCGACGGCAAGUGUGAAAGCACAGCCCAGACCGGGUGCUGAAUAAAAGGGGAGAGCAAAGUUUUGUGCAGAUUGUGAGGGCUUAGCAUAACUCGGAGAGCUAGACCCAAGCAGACGUAGUCGCUGAAAUAGAUCCGGAACAGUCCGUGCCUCGGUCUUUGGGCCUCCAUUGCCCAGACAAACGAAGGCCGGCCAGCCCUUCAAACGUCCUUCGCUGCGGCUGGAAUGAGCUUUACGGCCCUGCAUGUAGCAGAGUCAUGAAGGGGAGGUGAGUGACAGGAGGGCUGCUGGCUCCACUCCCAGCCUGACGAGUCAUUGCCAUGCUGUGUUGUUGAAUGAGGUGGUGUCACACAACUGAAUAACCCACUGUAUUAGAAUGACGUUUUUAAUGUUGUGAUUAAAACACUUACGGUGGCUCUGGUUUAAUUAACUAUUUAACUUCAUUUUCAUUUGGUUUCUUGGUCUGUUUAGAAUAUCUAAAGAGAGGACUAGCCAUGUAACUACUGAUUUGUACUUGUUUUCACUGUAUAGAACUGAUGUGGUUUUAAUGGAGAGUGAUCUAUUUAUUUUUCUACAAUAAAGUGUGCCUGCACACAG